CGUAUACUCACCCUAACUUCUUUCCGUUUUCCCCACCUUUUAUCUUUCUUCUCUGCUAUCUGCCGCAACCGGUCGCCGACGCGCAACCGUCCACCGCGAUCUUCAGCCGCCGCUCCUCGCCGUGGUCUGCUGCCAGUUUCCGCCGCCCGAUCUUCACCUCUCUUUCUCUCUCUUAGUCGAUCUGCAGUGUUUGCUGCCAAGGUAAGGAAUGAUUAGACAAAUUCUCCAAGUCAUGCUUGUCACAGAUCUCAACAAUUAAGAAUGAUAGCCUUCACAAAUUCCAAAGUAGUAUUCGAAUUGAUUGCCACCGUACCUGCACUGUCGGCCACUUUCUGCUCCAUCAUCCUUGCCUUUAAGUUCUCUGAACUAGGAUGCAAUGAAGAUGAAGAGUUAUCUAAAGAAAUCGCAAAUGGGUGUUCUCUCCAAUUCUGUGCUUGAUAACUCUUUAAAACGUCCUAAUGACGAAGCCACAGACUAUACAUAACAAUGUUGCCUUAACCAAACUGCAACAACAUUAUUAGUCCAAGAAAUUGCAAGCCAUGAAAGAGCUGAAACAAAGCCUGAAAGAAAUAUCUUCCGAAAAAACUCAGCAAGAGGAUGGAGAAAAAAUGCACACCCUCCCCAUAGGGGAGCUGGCCAUUUGCCACCCUCUCCAGAAGAAACUUUGUCUUCACCAUAGAAAUAAUUAUUUAAGACUUUAUUAAUUUUAAUUAGUUAUUAAUAAUAAACUGAGAUUUAGUUUUAUUUUUAUUUUAUAAUUUCAGACAUUUGAGCGGAUGUAAUGUUUUAGAGAAACCCUAUGAGCAGAGCUCCUCUUUAGCGCUACGGCAACCGCCCAAUCACCGUCGCCGUCGCUGGUACUGGCGGUGGCCACCGUUCGAUCCAUCGCCUCUGAUUAGAAUCUUCCUCAGAUCCGCACUUCUGGUGCAUGUGUGAAGGUUGAACUCCCCUCCGUUUGGAUUUCUCCGUUGCAGGCCGUGCAAGACCUGCAAAUUCCUUUCCCGACAAUCAACCGCACGAUGAAGCAACUAUGGAAGAUCUCAGUUCCUCGUAGAUUCUUAGUGAAGCGCAACAUUUUUGCUCCAUUUACCUUUCCUCUCACGAGGACUUCAAAUUACUUGAUUCUUCGUGGCCUCCAUACUCAGACCCACACUUCCUCGUUGCUUCCACCCUCGCUCUCUUCAUUUUCGUUGCUUCCUAAUAUUAUUGAAUUAUUCUCUAACAAGCCUUCCGAUCAUGACCUUCUGGUGAGAAUGAAUAUGCAACGGAAGUUAACGGAGGUGCGGCACGAGCUGAUUCAGAAUGCCGACGAUUCUGACAAGAUCGUGAAAAAAUUGGAAGACUGUGAAGACUUGCUCUUACGGAGACAUGCCGAUGGUUCUGCUUUUGUUGAACUGCUGAAGAAGUUGGAUUCACGGCCUCACUUAGCACUGGAGGUGUUUAAUUGGAGAAGAAGGCAAGAGGGUUCCUUUCCUAUGACUGCAGAGGAAUAUGCUAAGGGUAUUACAGUUGCAGGUAGAUCUAAAAAUGUUGACCUUGCAAUUGAGUUGUUCACUGAGGCUUCUAAUAGAAGGAUCAAGACAACCUCUACUUACAACGCACUGAUGGGAGCUUACAUGUUUAAUGGCUUGGUUGACAAAUGCCACUCAUUGUUUAGGGACCUCAAGAGGGAGGCAAAUUGUGUUCCUACUAUUGUAACAUAUAACAUCCUAAUAUCAGUAUUUGGUCGUUUGAUGUUAGUUGAUCACAUGGAAGCAACCUUGCAAGAGAUACGUGAUUUGAAGCUCUCCCCCAAUGUGAGCACGUACAAUAACCUAAUUGCUGGGUAUGUUACUGCAUGGAUGUGGGAUAGAAUGGAGCAAACCUUCCUGACAAUGAAGGCGAGUUCAGUAAAGCCCAACACAGAGACUUUUUCACUAAUGCUUCGUGGAUAUGCACAUUCUGGUAAUCUUGAGAAGAUGGAAGAGAUGUAUGAAUUGGUUAGAGGUCAUGUCAGUAACAAGAAUUUUCCUCUUAUUAGGGCUAUGAUAUGUGCAUACUGUUGGAGUUCUAUUGCAGAUAGAGUGAAAAGGAUUGAGGCUUUGUUGAAGCUUAUUCCAGAAGAAGAAUAUAGACCAUGGUUGAAUGUCUUGUUGAUUAGAGUCUAUGCCCAAGAAGAUUGGUUAGAGGGAAUGGAGAGUUCAAUAAAUGAGGCAUUUGAGCAUGGUACUUCAGUAACUACUGUCCACGUGAUGCGCUCCAUUAUUGCCAGCUAUUUUCGGUGUAAUGCAGUGGACAAGCUAACAAACUUUGUUAAGCGUGCUGAAUGUUCAGGUUGGAGAAUCUGUCGGUCUUUAUAUCAUUGUAAAAUGGUUAUGUUUGCAUCGCAGAAGCGCCUUGAAGAAAUGGAGUGCGUCCUAAAUGAAAUGAAAAGUAUCAACUUGGACUGGACAAAAAAAACAUUUUGGAUUUUAUAUAAGGCCUACUCAGUCAGUGGUUGCAGGUACAAGGUGGACCAAGUGGUAGGUUUGAUGUGCAAGCUUGGAUAUGGGAUUCCCUUGGAUUCUUGUCCAUCUUGAUAUUCUCUUCAUUUUGAAGGAUUUACGGAAUGAAAAUUCCACAAUUGUUUUUAUUGGUAUUCCUCAUGAAUAAAUGCAGAACAGAGAUUUCUGAGAUCACUUAGAUGCGGAAAAUGGAGUUGGAGCUUGAAGGUUGACUUUUAUUUGACUUUCACUGCUCCGUUUGUGUUUCUUAAUACGUGGGUGUAAAAAAUGGAGCCAAUUGGUUGAAGGUUGAGAAUGAUUGGAGGCUGAAACCUGGAAAUAGUGCUUUGGGCUGUGUAUAUAGAGAAUUGAGUGGCCCCUAUAAAGGUCAAUGAAAUGAUGCCUUAGUAUGAUUCAGAACAUUUGACAUGUUGAUUUGUGUCAUGUUAUAUUCUAUUUUAUUAGGUUACUAUUCAUAUUCUUAUUUUAUUUAUAUCAAAAUUGAGAUUUAGUUAAUUAUUAGUUGAGUGAGUUUCUAGGAAUUUAGGGUUAGUGAUUUCCUAGUUUUAGAGAAUUUUAGUAGUUGUCUCAUACAUACAAUGUUGUACACAGUAAAAUGAAUAAAGAAGUCUCUGUUGAUAAAUUUUUAGAGAGGUUUGGGUUCCUCGAGAACUUGUAUUGGGAGGUUUGAAUGAACGAGUCUAUUUUAACUCCUAAAGUUGUCUAAUUUAUAUUUAUAUUUUACAAGUU